AUGCUCGUUUCCCGUGGUCAAGAGCCCGUGGACUGGUCUUGGGCCUGGGAAAUGGUGGGAGGAAAGUGGGAAAUGUUACGGUGGCAUCCACACGCGGCGCACGUUAGCGAGCGUGGUUCUGUGGGAUUGGAGGAAGAGGAGGGCAUGAAUUCACCGCAUCCAUCAAGCGCGUGGCCACCUAUGCUGGCUGCAUGGUUUUUGAGGCACUCCUUGUCCAUGUAUGUGAGUUUGUGCAAGAGGUUGAAUCGUGUUGUGGGAAAGGAAAAAGAGGAAAAGGAAUCUAAAGCCAAGACUUUGGAAGGGGGUUUAAAUGUUGUGGGGAUGGGGAUUGAGAUGCCUAAAGCAAUUGAAAAGGGUCCAAAAAUCUCUAAUAAUGAUUCGAGAUGA